AUGGACGCCCGCGCCCUCGCUUCCCCGAACCUGUCCGUCAUCCUGGCCGGGAAUAAAGCUGAUCUGACCUCCGACGCCCAGUCCGAUUUCGAAGAUAACUCCCGCCGGCCUCCAACCCCGUCUAGUAUUUCCAGCAGACAAUCGUCUAUCCCCUGGGAUGUGAAUGGGUCGAUUCGCUCGACCAGCCUGAUGGGGACGGGGACUAGGUUGACUGCUACUCGUGCCUCGGAAGGCAGAGAGGUUAGCUCCGAGGAGACAUCCCACUGGGCUGCUAAGUCAAAUAUACCCGUCGCUGUGGAGAUCUCAGCUCUGACGGGGGAUGGCGUGGAGGAAGUCUUUAAUCGUUUGGCGCGUAUAAUCUUGACAAAGAUCGAGCUCGGUGAGAUCGACCCCGAUGACCCGCAGAGUGGCAUCCAGUACGGGGAUGGAGGUCUAUACGGUGGCAGCGAUGCUUCGAGCAUCAGAAGUCGGGCAACGUUGGACGAUAGCUCCGUACCCCUCCAGCGCAGAACUCCCCGUCGAAAGGGCAAAGCUCCUGGCACACCCAACUGGAAGAGCGGGAUGAGGGAAUGGGAGGAUGUAUUCCGCUUGGGCUCUGGAAGUCGCCCAAAUCAAGGGUGUUGUUAG